AUGAGCGAGAUCGUGCCUCCUCUUUCUCAAGGCGCCGGGUGAGUUCGGUAUGCGCUGGAGGGCACCACUUCUUCCUGCUGACCGAACCCUCCCGCUCAUCUCGACCCCUGCGAACGUUCGGUCUCAUUCCCACAUACAGCUAUGGCGUCGUCGUUGGUCUCGGUGCACUCUUCGCGAUCGGUAUGGUCGGCAUCUCGGACUUGCUGUCCCGUCGAGGUAAUACCGAUGACAACGAGGAGUUUACGGUCGCCAAACGCUCGAUCGGCACCGGUUUGACCGCCGCCGGUGUCAUCUCGAGUUGGACGUGGUCGACCACACUGCUUUCGAGUUGCACCGUCGCAUACCAAUAUGGUGUUGCGGGUGCCUUUUUCUAUGCUGCUUGUGAGUCUGCUGUUCCGACAUUGUCACGCUUCAGCCUCUGACCUCCCGAAAUUGUCCAUCAUCUCACAGGCAACUCGACCCAGAUCAUGGUGUUCUCGAACUUGGCCAUCCAAACAAAGCGAAAAGCUCCUAACGCACACACCUUUCUCGAAAUCAUGCGAGUACGGUACGGCACCUUUGUUCAUCUGUCCUUCAUGUUUUUCUCUUUGGCCGCAAACACAGUAAGUACCUCGUAAUACUCGACGACGAAUCUCGUGAAUAUGUGCUGACCCCGUUGUUGCUAUGCUCAUGUAGCUCGUUGUCUCCUCUGUGCUCCUCGGAGGCGCUGCUGCGGUCAACUCGCUCACCGGAAUGUCAAUCUACGCCGCCCUAUGGCUGUUCCCACUUUCCGUCGCCGCCUACACUCUUCGCGGAGGCCUCCGCGCCACAAUCUUAACCGACUAUGCCCAUACCUCGAUCAUCCUCAUCAUUCUGCUCAUCUUUUGGUUUGUCGCCUACACGACGAGCAGUCAAGUGGGCUCCCCGGACCGCAUGUACGACCUUCUCAUUGAGGCUCAAAACCGCAACCGCGAUGCGCCAACGCUCGAGCACUCCUAUCUCACCGUCCGUUCCCUGGGUGCGCUCAAAUUCGCGAUCUUGUCAAUCCUCGAAUACACCGGUGUCGUGUUCCUCGACAACUCGUUCCAUCAGAAAGGCAUCGCCGCAGCUCCUGAAGCGGCGAUUCCGGGCUACGUCCUCGGUGGUCUUUCGUGGUACGCCAUGCCGUUUACCCUUGCGACGACCGCGGGUUUGGUCGCCGUCGCCUUGGAGCACACGCCCAGCUUCCCAACUUUCCCUCGUCGCAUGAACGCUAGCGAAAUUGGUGCAGGUCUUGUAUUGCCCUAGUGAGUCUGACACAAAACAUGUAACCUUGCAAUCUCGUUGCUGAUUGAAGUCGUAACCCUGUGCGCAGUGCCGCUCAAACCAUUAUGGGCACCGGUGGAGCCGCUGCCGUCUUGCUCCUGAUGGUCAGUCCACGCCUGAGCACUUCUCCGAGCCUUCGGACACGUUCCUAACAGCUCGGUCCCCAUCCGCAGUUCAUGUCGUGCACGUCCGCCAUCUCUGCUCAACUGAUCGGCGUCUCGACCGUCAUCUCCUACGACGUCUUCAAAACCUAUGUCCGACCCACCGCGAACGAUCGUGCCCUGCUCAAAGCUUCCCACUGGGCCGUCGUCGGUUUCUCACUUUGGAUGGCCGGCUUCGGCUCGAUGCUCCACGGCGCCGGGAUUGACCUUGGCUUCAUCUACAACAUGACCGGAAUCUUCACAGGGCCUGCUCUCCCCCCACUAGUCUUGACCUUCUUCUCCUCAAGACAGGGCAAAGUCGCAGCCGGCUCGUCGAUCUGGGUCGGUUUCGCCGCUGGUGUCAUCGCUUGGUUGUCACUGGCGCACAAGUUCUCGGGUGAGGUCACGGUCGCUUCGGUUGGUAAAUUGGACCCUUGCAUGUACGGUUGCAUUGUUGGUAUCGGAUCAUCAGCGCUCGUCACCAUUGUACUUUCACUUGCGUUUCCUGCGAACUAGUGAGUCCAGUCUCAAGGCCCGCCCUCAACUCCUAUCGGAGUGGACGUCCACUCUGACGCGCUCUUCUCUCUCUCCUCAUUAGCGACUGGGCCUCCCUCGCAGCCGUUCGAGUCCUCACCCAAAACGGCGACCAAAUCGACGUCUCUUUCGAGGACCCCUCCUACAACCCCGAAAAGCUUCGUCGAGCCGCGCUCUGGGCCCGCAGCAUCACGCUCUUCCUCUUCCUUGCUCUCUUCAUCAUUUGGCCCCUUUCGAUGUACGGCGAUGGUUACAUCUUCAGCAAAAAGUUCUUCUUCGGUUGGGUCGUCGUAGCACUCUUGUGGGGCUUCUUUGCUUUUUUCGCAGUCGUUUUAUUCCCUCUCGUUGAGGGACGACAUACGUUGCUUUCCAUCUUCAAGGGCAUCUUACAUGGGCGAGUCGGAAAUACCAGCAGCAAGGUCGACACCAAGACGGAUGAAAAACCGGCAUCGAUCGAGUCGGGGGAGCUCACGACGUCGCCUGAUUCGGAUAGCGCCAAGGGGAAAUUGGACGAGUCGAGCGCCGAACAGAGUCGCGAGGGCUUGAUUUGA